UCUGUUUUCCUCUGUGUUUUUUUGUCUGCUUCUGCGAUGGCUCUGGUUGGAGCAACCACAGCACCACCGCCAGUCAAGCUCUCUGUUUCUUUACUCCUCUUCCUCAUUUGCCUGUGCUUGCUCUCUCCUUGUCAAGGGAAACCAAAUUACUCGGAGUACAGGUACCCAUUCAUCCGGAAGGCAAGCACAUUCUCAUCGUCCUUGUCGUUUUCAUCGAGCGCCAACAACGCCUACGACUACAUCAUCGUGGGUGGUGGCACCGCCGGGUGUCCCCUGGCGGCCACCCUCUCUCAGAACUUCAGUGUCCUGCUGCUUGAAAGAGGGGGUGUCCCGUUUGCAAAUGUCAAUGUCUCUCUCUUAGAGAAUUUUCACCUCACCCUGGCGGACCUGUCGAAGACCUCAGCCUCACAGUUCUUCAGCUCCACGGACGGCGUUCUCAAUUCCCGGGGUAGGGUCUUGGGCGGCGGCACCUGCAUCAAUGCCGGGUUCUAUACCAGAGCAAGCACAGAGUUCAUUAGAAAGGUAGGUUGGGACGAGAAAUUGGUGAGCAAGUCGUACCCGUGGGUCGAGAAGCAGAUUGUCCAUAGACCGGACUUUGCGCCUUGGCAACAGGCAUUCAAGGACAGUCUUUUGGACGUUGGGGUGUCACCUUUUAACGGGUUCACCUACGAUCAUUUAUAUGGGACCAAAGUGGGGGGCACCAUUUUUGAUAGGUACGGCCGGCGCCACACUGCUGCCGAGCUUCUUGCCACUGCAAAUCCUCAGAAGCUUACUGUAUUGAUAUAUGCGACAGUGCAAAAGAUUGUGUUCGACACAAGAGGGAAGCGACCAAAGGCGGUGGGAGUCGUCUUUAAAGAUGAAAAUGGAAAUGACCAUCAAGCUUUUCUCAAGAGCAAUCUGCAGAGCGAAGUAAUACUAUCUAGUGGAGCUAUUGGAAGCCCCCAAUUGCUCCUGCUCAGCGGCAUCGGACCAAAAGCCGACCUUGAAAAAUUGAACAUAUCCACAGUCCUGGACCAGGAAUUUGUUGGGAAAGACAUAGCGGACAACCCUAUGAACACCAUUUUUGUACCCACACGUAGACCGAUCCGCCAGUCACUCAUUCAGACCGUUGGGAUCACCAAGUUGGGAGUCUAUCUUGAAGCUAGCAAUGGAUUUGGGCAAUCUAAAGAUAGUAUCCGCUGCCACCAUGGAAUCGUGUCAGCAGAGAUCGGGCAGUUAUCCACCAUACCCCCGAAACAAAGAACUCCAGAAGCCAUUCAAGCCUAUAAACGAAGCAAAAGGGACCUGCCUCAUGAGGUGUUUCAUGGAGGCUUCAUCCUCGAAAAGAUUGCCAACCCCUUGUCCAAAGGCGAGCUAAGGCUGAUUAACACCAACGUUGACGACAACCCUCUGAUCACCUUCAACUAUUUCAGCCACCCUUAUGACCUGGAGCGGUGUGUUGACGGCAUUCGCCUGGCCACCAAGGUCGUGCAGUCCAAGUACUUCACGGAAUUGACACGAGUGAACAAGCAAACCACGGAGAAGCUGCUCAACAUCAGCGUCAAGGCUAGUGUCAACCUCAUCCCCAAGCACACCAACGACACCAAGUCCCUCGAGCAGUUCUGCAGGGACACAGUGAUCACGAUCUGGCACUACCAUGGAGGAUGCCAAGUAGGCAAGGUGGUGGACCAUGAGAACAAGGUCCUUGGCAUUGACCAGCUCAGAGUCGUCGAUGGUUCGACAUUCAGCGAGUCCCCAGGGACUAAUCCGCAAGCCACUGUCAUGAUGAUGGGCAGGUAUAUGGGAGCUGCAAUCUUGAGAAAAAGACUGGGACGAGCAGCUGCAGUGUGAGGGCCAAAAAACUUGCAGGAAUUUGAAGGAGUUAGUGUAUGUUGUGACUUUCGAAACGUAAUCUAGCUAGUCAUUCUAAUUUGUGAAAAGAAGAAUCUGAUUGCUUGGGAGAUGAACAGUUCCAUUUAGUGCUAGUCCUAUGUGAGCAACCUUAAUCUACUGUCUUUUAUCCA